GUGCCGUCCGCGUCGCGCAACGAUAACAUAGACUUUAUCCAAUCUGGCCUGGACGACAACAUCAACCACCACUAAAUUUCAAGACUUACAUAUACUCAUUCUCUUCACGUCGCUCCUUUAAUAAAACCCACCACAACCUUGAUCUUUACGCAAGCGACAGUUCUAUUACCAUCCUAUAAUCCCGUCAGCCUUCGUAAAUAAUACACAAAAUUGUAAUCAAUAUGACGCGUGCGCAGCAGACCAUCUCCGUCGGCCUCCUGGUCACCUCUCUUUAUCUCGCCUUGUACCUAAAUCUCGUCCCUCUCCCCGAACUAGUGCAGACCGAGAUUGUCCCUGUUCUCCCCUUCUGGGCCCUCGUCUCCUUCGGCGCAUACUUGCUCUUCCGCCUCGGCUGGAACGUUAUGACCUUCCACGAUGUCCCCGAGGCCCACAAGGAACUUACGGCUGAGAUCGAGCUGGCCAAGACCGACCUCCGACGUCUAGGUGUUGAGGUGGAUUAGUUGCGGUCGUGGGGAGCGGCAGUAGAAUGAGAUAGAAGGGUCAUGAGGAUGGGGACUGUCGGGUCAUGCACAAACCACCUAUCUUGUUCCUAUGGUUAGUUGUAAACUACCUAACAGCUUCCUAGUUUGGGACGGGGUGAGGGCAUUUCAAUAGAAAGAAAUCAAUUAUCACAAAACUCGCAAGUGUUAUAGACUACCAAUUGGUGGUUUAUUAAUUCGUUCUCGGUUCUGUACCCAUAACUCCCCGAUCCAAGAUGCGUAAGAAUC